AUGUCUUUACUAGGAUUGUGUCAAUACUCUGCUUUGGCUUUUGACACGAAUCCAUAUCUUUACUGUGAUGGGAAAGCUGAUAUGUCUGAAGAGACAGAUAAUAUUGCAGUAGAAGAAAACGUAGACAAGCAUCUUCAAAAAGGUUUAGAUGCAGAAGAAGAAAAUAAAAACACAAUAGAAAUGUUCAGAAGCAAAGUAAGAGAAAAGCUAAAGAAUGCUAAGAUUAAUCAAAGUGAAAAAUCUUCAACUCAUCUGCUCAUUGACAAUAAGAUAAAUCAGUGGUCUAAGGUUAACCCACAGACUGAAGUCUCAUUGGAGGCAGACCUUUCGUUUUUCACUCUGAACGGUGAAGAAGGCACAGCUUUGGGCCAGUUUUCAGAGCAGCGAUUAGUAAAUGAUAGCUACCCUAAACAUUUAUCACUUGGUGAUAAUGUACAAGAUUUUGCUGAAAGCCAUGAUAAAGAUUAUAUGGAAGAAGUAAUUUUUCCAGAUUUACUUGAAGUAAAAGCUGCUGAAUAUGAAGAUGAUCAAGAACAAAUCAAAAGACAACAGAUAAAUAUUUUUGUGCCAAGUAGUUCCUCAGGUAAAGGAAUGUGUUGGUUUGAAGAAAGUGCUGAAAUAAUGUCAUUACCUUCACCCAUUAGCCAGUCAUGGAAAUUCAGACUAAACAUAAGCAAGGAAUCUUUAAAUCCAGCACUAAAGACCAUAUACAGGAAGGCAGUGAAAUCUGAUUUAGAAAGCUCUAUUAGGACCAAAAUGGAAGGUCAAGGGAAAAUGUACCAGUUAGAUCUCAACAUUGUGGGUUUGCAAUUUAGCCAUCAUCCUGUCUUCAAUCAAGAACAAGUAUUAUGUGCUAGGCUGCUCCAACUUUAUGAGUGUUUUCAGGACAGACAGCAACAGAAUUUAUCUCAGCUCCUUUUAGAGAAGCUUAAAGCGCUGACACAUGCUACCAAAUUAUUAAAUGAUGAUUUGGAAAUGAGCCAGCUGACUGGAAAAUCUUUACAAGAUUACUAUUGGCAGAUAAGAAAGGGAAAAGGACUUCUCCCUACUACAAAGUAUAUUACGUACUUGGAAACAGAUAAAAUCUCUUCGACAACAGCAAGGGUUUAUAAGCACCCCGAUAAAGUUACAGUUUCAGAGAGCCUCUUAUAUUUAGCUUUAGAACUUGAAGAAACAGAUAUUGAAGGAAUAAAGCCAAUCACUUUGAUGCCACAACUUUCUUUUGCUGAAGAAUUAACAAACUUAUCCAAGUGUUCACUGCAUGAACAAAAGAGGAGAGCCAAAAUUCAGAAGCUUAAAUAUUUUAUUAAAAUAUUAUACAAUGAUAAACAGGUUUCUUGCACUUCGAUAUCUCCUCUGCAGUUUGAUUUUAAAGUCAUGUUUCAGCAGAUUUUCAAUAUCCAGUUAAUAUAUUGGCCUGAAACAAUUUGCUUGGAGGUUUAUGAAAUAAAUAAAAGGACAAACUUGCUGGCAAAACUAUAUGUACCUUUGCCUAACAACACAGAGCUGAAAAGCAAAACUGCUUUGGAAUAUGUAGAGUUUAGCUCUGAUGAGCUGGUCAUGCCUGAGUAUGGAGAAGUAGGAAGCAAUGUGCCUUUUCUUCUUGAGGGAAAUGAAACUGAAGAACUUUGUCUUUUCACAUCAGGAAAACUAAGCUAUUCCCUAUCAUGGGCCUUAGAUGAAAAUGGCAUUCCUCUGACACCUAUGUCGCAGUCAUUAAGAUCUGCUUACUGCAGGUAG